GUUCUUCAAUUCAUCAACAAUCACUGAACUACAAUCACUAGUGCGUGUUAACCGUAAACAAUGGCACAACCCAUUUACGCGGCUUACACACCUUCACCCUAUCCAGUUUCUGUGAUAGGGUCUCAGUUUAUAGCACCAUAUCCAUUUGAAGCCAUAAUUGUCAUAAAUUCUAGUGGAGAUCUUUUGAUCACAGAUGUUAACCAUAAAAUAUUGUUCAAGGUAAAACCAUGCAACACAAACUACCAUAACCAACGUGUGCUACUUGAUGUUGAUGACAGGCCCAUAGUUUUGAUGCGCGAAAAGACCUGGACUGUACAUAAUGGAUGGAAAGUGUUUAAGGGUGACAGUAACUCCGAUUCAGAUUUGAUUUUCAGCACAAAAACACCAAAGAUCAUACAGUCCAAGACGAACGUUCAUGUGUUCUUGGGGAGCAACACUAGUAGCAAGGGUACUUGUGAUUUUAAGAUCACAGGAAGCUGGUCAAAGAGAAGUUGCGCUAUUUAUGUAGGAGAUUCUUCAACAGUCAUAGCACAAAUGCACAAGAUGGAACCGCCAGAGAGUGUUGGGUUUGUGAAGGACAAAUUCAUGGUUACAAUUUAUCCAUAUGUGGAUUAUGCAUUUGUGGUUACACUUAUUGCAAUUGUUGAAGCUAUGAAUAGCUCAGAUGCGGAUGAUGAUGUUAUUGAGGAAGUUAUUGGUUCAGUUUUUGGCUAGAUGUUUUGGAAAUCUCAAGAACUUAUGUAUGAUUUGCAUAAAUAUUUAUUGUGACGAUUCACUCAACAAAUUUAUCAAACAAAUUUAUUAUCCA